UCUGUCAAUGUAUCGGCAAGAGUGGUCCGAUUGAGGUGGAUUCGGUGCAUCCCUGCCGCGGGAAGUCCGCUGGAGUUAAUCUCCGAACGGCUGACACUGCCGCGGGAGCCGUUAAUCCCGCGGCAUCUCGAUCCACUCUUUUAAUUUGACACUACUAAUUGGAGCAGGAGGCCAAUGGUCCCAUUAGGCAAUAUAAAGGUUGUACGGUUCGUUCGUGUCGCAAGCCCUCUGUGAAGGCUCUACAGAACUCAUCGAUUGAUAACACCAUGUCAAGCCAGCAGUUCUAUCUUCUAGGCGAAUCGGUGUCGUCCGCCAAGGACAUCACCAUUGAGACGGCUCUAGAUUUUGACCAACUCAAACAACUCGUGGCAGCUUAUUUUGCUAUUGUUGACCCGAAUGGAAUUGGGUUUCAAACCGAGGACGACUGCCUGUCGGAUGUCUCUGAUGUCCUUGCUGCGAAGGGACCUGUAGCAAUCGCAAUCGACGGACAUGCCGUACGAGAGCCGGGGGGUCCCAGAGGUCUCCCUUACGUGGGAAACUAUUUCGAGGUGUAUCCCGAUCAUCUUGGCAAUCACCAACGCCUCUUUGACCAGUAUGGACCGAUCUUCAAAACAACAAACCUGGGCCGUACGACAUACCAGACCAACGAUCCGGAAUUAUCAGCCAUUGUCUUUGCCGAAUCAGACUUCUUUUCCAAAAAGAUCAACGACGCUCACCCCCUCUCUGCGCUGAAAACCCCUUCCGCGGGCGUCUUCCUAGGGGACACAGAUACCCCCGAGUGGAAGGCAGCUCACAAAUUCCUGCCCCCUGCCUUGGGUCCCAAGGCGGUACGCCACUACGCCCCGACUAUGCAGAGAGCUGUGGAGGACUCGUUCAAGGUGUUUGAUGCUCUGGAUGAGCAAGAAAAGGCCUGGAACGUCUAUCAAUAUAUGUUGAAGCUAGGCUCACAGGCAGUGGGUGAGCUCACACUUGGACUUGAUUUCAAACACUUUACUUCGCCCGAUGCACCAGUGCAUGAGAUGGUCCACUCAAUUGCGGAAAUGCUCUCCCUCAACAAGAAAGUCACAUCGAAAGGCGAUUGGUACGGCAUGUUACCAUUCGGGGAUCCACAGCGGCUGAGGAAUCUGAAAGCACGAAUUGAGGAGAUGGUAGAUGAAUCCAUCCAAAAUGCAGAACAGGCUGGCAUCAGCGAUUUACCUUUGCAAGAUGCAGCGCUGCAGUCCUCUAACAUGGUUGACUACGCUAUCCGAGCCACAGACAACAAGGGUGAAAAACUGCCCAAGUCAAGUCUAGUCUGGGCCCUCGUAGUCGCAACAGCGGCAGGAUUCACGACAACUAGUUCUCUCCUCUCCUGGCUAAUCUACGGUCUCGUCACGUAUCCCGGGAUGCAAGAGCGUUUACUCCAGGAAUUAAUCGACAAUGACAUUACCGAAGACACCGAGCUCACCGCUGAUCUGACUGAAAAGCUUCUCUUCCAAGACAAAUACAUCAAGGAGAUGCAACGGCGACACAACCCCUCAUUCCAGCCAGGUCGAACCGCCAAAGUCGAUCUCGUUCUUCCUGGAGGCUACAAAAUCCCCAAAGAUGCAGUCAUUAUUCCCGCGCUUCAUCACAUCCACAACAACCCUAACCUCUGGGAUAACCCUACUCGGUUCGACCCCGAUCGAUGGGAUACCCCCGAAGUGAAGGCGCGGCAUAAGGCAGCUUAUAUCCCCUUUGCGAUGGGUCCGCGUAUGUGCAUUGGAUUCAAUUUCGCACUGCAGGAGAUCAAAGUCUUUCUUCCGAAAUUGAUCUACCGCUAUCACUUUAGCCGGGAAGGCGAUGGGCCGAUUGAAUAUGACCCGAUGUUCCAACUGAUCAGGCCUAACAACCUACUCGCAAUGCGUCCAACUUGGUCCCCACCACACGAAUACCAGAGCCGUCCUGUUACGGUCCUGGGGGCAGGAGUGCUUGGACGACGCAUAGGCUGCAUUUGGGCCUCAGCAGGUUACAAUGUCCACCUUCGCGAUCCCAGUCCCGAUCAGCUCGCAGCCGGCAUUGCCUACAUCCAGGAGACUGUCGCCGCCUACGCCUCCAAGACGGGCCGGUCUCCAGGCAAAGCCCACUCCUUCACGGACCUCAAGGAGGCCGUCUCAACCGCCUGGCUCAUCAUUGAGGCCGUGCCGGAGAAGCUCCCUCUCAAGAUUGCUACCUUUGCCGAGCUAUCGGAUCUCGCCCCGGCAGACAGCAUCCUCGCUUCCAAUUCCUCAUCCUACAAGACGUCUGAAAUGCUCGACCGGGUCCCUGAGACUACCAAAUCCCGCAUCCUAAACAUGCACUACUACAUGCCACCACAGUGCAUGCUUGUCGAGCUGAUGACGGACGGGUUCACCAGCGAGGACAUCUUCCCGUUCCUGGUGGACAGAUGUCGCGAGGGGGCAACCUCGCCGUACGUGGCGAGAAAACAGUCCACGGGAUUCAUCUUUAAUCGGCUUUGGGCUGCGGUGAAACGAGAAGUCCUGACCAUUCUUUCCGAGGGAGUGUCUGCCCCGGAGGAGAUUGACGCCAUGUGGGAGGAGAUGUUCAUCACUGGCCGAGUGAAGCCCUGUGUGAUGAUGGACAACGUCGGCCUUGAUACUGUCGCAUUUAUUGAACAGCACUACAUCCACGAACGCGGUCUCCCAUCCGAUAAAACCGUCGACUACCUGACAACCAACUACCUAGACCAUGGCAAACUCGGUUCCAAAUCCCCUCUCGGUGGCCUCUAUCACCCCGUGCAGUCCAGCACGAACACCAACACCAACACCAACAAACGCCUCCUCAUCCUCGACAUCGGCCUCGCAUCCUCAACCGCCGCCUCCUCCAUCUCCACCCCAGCAGGUCAUAUCCUCUCCCUAACCCCUCCCACUCCCAACACCACCACCACCACCACCACCACCCAGCCCCAAACCAUCCUAUCCAACCAACUCCUCCCCGACGGAAUCACCUACUCCGCCACCACCAACCUCAUCUUCUGGACCUGCAUGGGCGUCCCCGGCCACCCCGACGGGGCAAUCUACUCCUCCACGCCAGACGGGCAAAACAUCCGCUCCCUCCUCCCAAAGGGCACCCUCAACACCCCGAAACAAAUAACGCUCGACCCUGUAUCCCAAAAGCUCUACUUCUGCGACCGCGAAGGCUGCGCCGUAUACCGAUGUAACCUUGACGGCUCCGAGCUAACAACCCUCGUCUCUCGCGGCCCGAAAACAAAAGCAAACGAAAGCGGCACGUCAUCGUCCAACUUCCACGAUUGGUGUGUCGGAAUCACCGUCGCACCGCGGUGGAAUAAAUUCUACUGGACGCAAAAGGGCCCGUCGAAGAGUGGUCAGGGGAGGAUUUUCUGCGCGAGUCUGGAUACGGAGCCCAUUGAAGGUGAGGAGGGGGGGCAGUGUAUAUUGAGUGGGUUGCCGGAGCCGAUUGAUUUGGAGGUUGAUGAGGAGAGAGGGGAGUUGUAUUGGACGGAUCGGGGGGAGUUGCCGUUGGGGAAUUCGUUGAAUCGGGUGAAGUUGGAUAAGGAGGGGGUGCCGGUGAGUGGGAAGGUUGAGGUGUUGGUGAGGAAUUUGAGGGAGGCGAUUGGGGUGAGUCUGGAUCGGGAGAAUGGGGACUUUUAUUUGACGGAUUUGGGGGGUUGUGUGUAUCGGUGGAAUCGGGAUGAGAAGAAGAAGGAGAAGUUGUAUGAGGAGGAUGGGAGGGCGUUUACGGGGAUUAUGUGUCUUUGA